AUGACAGAGCAAACAAUAACACUCGAUGAAAAAGAGCGGGAUGCAAUAGAUAUUUUUUUAUUCUCCAAUGGUGAAAAGCAUUCUCCCCCACGAAAAUACCAUCUGAACAUGGAUGAACUUAAGACAUGGGAUGGUACACUGUCAUAUUUAGCGCGUUCACAAUUCGGAUCACAGCAUACAAAUAUAGAAAUUUAUACGAUUGAUGGACAAAGAGUUGAUAGCCUAUCACAGCUCGUUCAUCAUGCGGCUUAUGUGGCCGUUGAACCUCCUUGUAAAUUCAUUCAAGCUGGAUAUGAAAAUUAUAUCAUUAAAGCUACGCGGUCAUGGGAAAAGAGACUGUCUAAAAUUACCAACAGUGAGAAGUCACCAAUAAAAGAUGCCAUAAAAAACGUUGCAUCAAAAUCCCAAUUAAAUGUAAACUUCCAAAAUAACCAAUCUCGUGUUCAAAAUAAUAGAAUAAAAGUGUCAAGAAUGAUUACUUCAAAUGACAAUAAAACAAACAGAAUAAAACCUUAUACUGUAGAUGCAAAACAAACUCAAGAUUAUGAUAACACUCAUAAAUAUUACAAGCCAGCUAAGCAAAUAGAAAUAAAGAAAACAUCUAUUUCUCCACAAAUUACAGCAUUAAAACAAGCCAAUGCACCUUUUAAAGUAACAGCUUUUAAAAGAGUACCAAUCAAAACAAAGGAUAGUCUAUGUAAGAAACCCUUGAACAUAAAGAAAACUUUUCCAGGAAAUACUAAGGGGAAAGUUAUAAUUAGUGGAACAAGUGACAAGAACAUAGUCCCAUCUUCUACUAUCACAAGUUUAAAUGUUAUCGAGACGAAACUUAAGAAUGUAGUUCAGUCUAAAAAUACUACUCCAACAAGAGUUAAUCAUCAAACUUCAAAUAACAAUAAAGGAGACAUAACCACUAAAGAAAACCAAGUAAUUUCAAAUAUUUAUAACGAUUCAGAAAAUGGAUUUAUAUCAAAUAGAGAGAUUAACGAUAAAUCGAAUGAAAGCAUUAAUAAAACUCUAGAAACUGAAGCGCUGUCAACAAAUGGUGAUAGGACGUCUAUUACUUUUAUCGAAAAUAACUGCAUUAACAAGUCAUUCAUCUCUAACCCAGGCCAUGAUGACCAAAAGGAAAUAAGCCCUUAUAACGAAAUAAAUUCUUCUUUUCAAAACCCUCAAGUACUUUCUACGGAAAAACAAAAAUCUGAUUCUACGGAUCCAUGUUGCUGUGUAUCACUGAAACAAUUAGAUCACUUUGUAGCAAUAUCAAACAAUGAUAAAAUAAUUAAACUCCAAAUAAAUUUAGAAGUCACAAACUGCAAUGUUGCAGUUUCAACUGAACAACGAAACACUGAUGACAAAAGUCAGUUAUUUAAGAAAAGAACCAAAGAAGAGAAAGAAAUUCAAGUUGAUCUAGAUAUACAACCAAGUGAAGCUGUCCAAUGUAGCAGUAACUCUAUUCAACAUAAAGCGAAGGAACCUAUUUCAGCUGGUGAAAUAGUGAGAAAUAUAAUAAACGAUGAAAGCAAAAUCAUAAUUAUUCAUUGUUCAUGCUGUGAUUGUACUGAUCUGCAUUACCUUUUGAAAUCACAAUCACAUAUUGAAUGUGGCCCGUAUAGUGAAAAAUUUACCCGUGAUUUGGUUCCAGUUAUCAAAGAAGAUAAGGCAAGAUGUGAAUGUAAAAAUUUCUUGUUAAAAACAGAAUGUCCAGAAGAUUUGCCUUCAAAUGAGCCCAUUUUUUCAGAAUUUGAGCAUUCUGUGGAGAAACCUUUAACUAUUACUUCUGUACAUAAACUGACAUCACGUUAUUCCGAAUGUACAUGUACUUCUACAGUAAAUCACGAACAGUUGGAGGCAAGAUAUCAUGAAGACGGUCGGUAUACCUUCCAUCUACCAACGCUCCACAAAAUAAAAAAAUAUGGUCUCUGA